AUGGGUUCCAUGGGCGCGGACAAACAAUGGGAGGUGCUGAUCGUUGGCGGCGGGUUUGGGGGUAUGUACCUACUGAACAAGCUGCGCAAGUUCGGCUUCAACGUCCACCUUUACGAAGCAGGAAGUGAAUUUGGAGGCACAUGGCACUGGAAUUGUUACCCUGGAGCUCGCGUCGACUCCAUUGUCCCAACCUAUCAAUUUUCAUCAGAAGAGACGUGGGAUCAGUGGGAAUGGUCUGAAGCCUACCCCAAGCGCGACGAGCUCGACGCAUACUUCCGCCACAUCGGCAAGCUUUGGAAUCUGUACGCGGAUGCUAGCUUUCACUGCCGUGUGGUAAGCACACAUUGGAAUGCCGACGAAAAGAUGUGGACGUGCGAGAUUUCGAAUGAGCAAGACAACACCACCACGAUCGUCAAGACUCGCAUGGUGCUUUUCUGUGCAGGUCUUGCAUCGGUGCCAUAUAAGCCUCCUUAUCAAGGAGUCGACGACUUCGAGGGAACGAUAUACCAUACCUCCAGAUGGCCACACGAAGGCGUCGAUCUCAAGGGAAAGAGAUGUGCUAUUCUCGGCACUGGCGCCACUGGAGUUCAAGUAACUCAGGAAAUAGGGCCUAUCGCAUCGCAUCUCACGGUGUUCCAACGAACCCCGAACAUUGCACUGCCCAUGGACCAAGCGCCGCUACGACAUGAGGACAACAUCAAGAUAAAAAAAGAUCUCCCAGACAUCAUGGAGAUGGCCAAGACGACAUGGGCAGGCUUCUUGAUUUCCUGGAAUGAGAAGAAUACUUUCGACGUCACACCGGAAGAACGCGAGGCGCUAUAUGAAGAACUAUGGAACAAAGGCGGCUUCAACUUUUGGGUCGGCAACUAUAAGGAUACGUCCGUCAUCUUUGAGGCUUCUGACGCUGCCUACAAGUUCUGGCGAAAGAAGACGGCGCCGUUGAUCAAAGACGAAUGGAAGAGAGACAAGUUGUGUCCGGAAGUGCCACCCAAUCCAUUUGGUACCAAGCGCAUUUCCCUUUACACGACUUACUAUGAUAUCUUCAACCUUUCUCACGUUGACCUCGUCGACAUCAACGAAACUCCGAUUGAGUCGUUCACAAAGAAGGGUAUCCGAUUAGCAAAUGGAGAUGAACUCGAAUUCGAUGUCAUUAUCCUGGCCACAGGCUUUGAUACCAUCACGGGCGGCCUGACUCAUGUCGACAUCCGCGGCACCGAUCCUUCUUUCACACUGGCCGAAAAGUGGAAGAAGGGCUGCCACACCUAUAUGGGCAUGUGUAGUAACGGAUUCCCCAACUUCUUCUUCGUCUUUGGACCACAGUCGCCCGCUCCAUUCUCGAUUGCACCUAACUGUAUCGAGUACCAGGGCAACUGGCUCACGGACAUGCUUCGGGACCUACGCCGAGACCACAUCACGACGAUCGAAUGCACCAGGGAUGCUGAAGAGGAGUGGAGGGAGCAAAUCAUUGCAAAUGGAGAGAAAGGACUAUUCAAAUACGCAAAGAGUUGGUGGUUUGGUGCCAACAUUCCCGGAAAGGCGAGGGAGUGCUACAUCUACAUGCAGGGGAUGCCGCAAUAUCGGAAGACAUGUGGAGAUAUCAGGAAGCAGGGUUAUCCAGGCUUCGUGUUGAAGUGA